GGACGAACUCCUUGGUCCUAUAAUCCGGCAUCGGCCGCCGUCACCGAAUUGGCCCGUUCGAUCGGGGCGAUCAUGGGCCAGCAGAGCAACGCUGGUGUCUUCUCACCGGUCAGCAUCGCCAGUGCCCUCUCACUGAUGCUGAUCGGUGCCGGAGGAGAGACGAAGCGCGAACUGGUACGAGUGUUGGGCUUCCAGCAGUUCGAGCACAAUCUGCUCAACAUUCACCAGCUGUACAGCGCGAUGUUGAACGAUCUGGCCAAGACGCAGUAUGAUGCCGUGCCACCCUUCUGGCGCACGAGGAAUCCAUGCUACGACGGAGACGAUGGUCCGGAUGAGGAUUCUGGCUAUGAUCCGCCCACCAAGGAUACGAUCCGCGUCACGAACGCAGUGUUUGUACAGGAUGGCCUGCAUCUGAACGGGACGUUUCAGUACGAAUCCCGGCGGUACUACAACAGUACGGCCGAGAACGUUCCCUUUACGUCCGACCCGGGUCGAGCGGCUGCGCACAUUAAUCGGUGGGCGUCUCACAGUACUGAGGGCAAGAUUCGUGAGAUCGUCUCGUCGUCGUUCGCAGCCGAGACAGAGAUGGUGGUCGCCAGUGCGCUCUACUUCAAGGGGCUAUGGUCGGAGAUGUUCGAGAAGCAGGCGACCGAACUAAAGCCGUUUUAUCCGGACGGGUACGAGCGGCCCUCCAAACCGGUUCUCACGAUGGCGGCCAUCGGCUGCUUCCCCUACUACGAUGCGUCGUCCGAGUACGGCGCGAGGAUCGUCGGCUUGUCAUACCAGAGCAACAAGACGGCGCUCUACAUCAUCAUGCCGGUCAACUCGACCCGCCGGCGCAUGCAGGACUUCCAGCGCGGCCUCACACCGGCCAUAAUCGGUGACAUGGUGACGAAGAUGACGACGCGUAAGCUGUACCUACAGCUGCCGAAGAUGCGCAUCUCGAACACGAUCAACCUGCGCGACGUAUUGCAGCGGCUCGGGCUGCGUACAAUCUUCGACCGUGGCCAGAGCGAUCUGUCGGGGAUGAUC